CUCGGGACGCCAUGAGCGAGUCGUUGUACGAUGAAUUUGGCAACUACAUUGGCCCGGAGCUAGAUGACUCCAACUCGGAGAGCGAGGAAGAGCGCGAAGAGUCCGAGCAAGAGGAUGGCGCUUCCGACGACGAGGCUGCCAGUGGGCAGGAGGCUGACGACGAUGACAACAUGGGCCGCGAGCCAUCCUCGGCCUUGUCCACGUACCGCGAAGAAGACCAUCGAAUUGUGCUGCAUGAAGACAAGCAGUACUACCCGGACGCGGAAGAGGUCUUUGGCGAUGCCGAGGUGCUGGUGAUGGAAGAAGAUGCGCAAGCGAUCGAGACGCCGCUCGUUGCGCCUGUCAAGGUCAAGGAGUUCUCGAGCGCCGAGCAGCCGCCAAAGACGACGUACUCGAACGAUUUCUUGGCCAGCUUGAUGGACCACCCGUCCAUGGUCCGCAACGUGGCUGUUGUCGGGGACUUGCACGCAGGCAAGACGGUCCUCUUGGAUCUGCUUGUCGAAGCGACGCACGAAGUCAAGUGGAAGGACCAACAGACCGAUGCGACGAAGAAAGCGAUGGCCGUCGAGCUGGAGCGACGGUAUACGGACACCCGCAUGGACGAGCAGGCACGCAAGGUCAGCAUCAAGUCGACGCCCGUGUCCCUCGUGCUGCCGUCCAGCAACGGCAAGUCGUUUAUCAUGAACAUCAUCGACUGCCCCGGCCACGUCAACUUUUCCGACGAAACGACGGCUGCCAUGCAAGUCGCAGACGGUGCGGUGCUUGUUGUCGAUGCCAUUGAAGGUGUCAUGAUGAACACGGAGCGCAUUGUCAAGGCAGCUCUUUUGUCGAAGCUCCCGAUCUUGCUCGUCGUCAACAAGGUUGACCGCCUCAUCAUCGAGUUGAAGUUACCGCCGGCCGACGCGUACUUCAAGCUCCUCCACACUAUUGAAGAGGUCAACAAGAUCAUUGAGACGCACACGCCCCUGGGGCAGCCGGCAAAGCGCGUGUCGCCGGAGCUCGGCAACGUUUGUUUUGCUUCGGCGCAGCAUGGCUGGCACUUUUCGCUCGAAUCCUUUUCCCGCCUCUAUAGCGAGAUCCAUCGCGGCGUCAACCCCACAGAGCUCGCGAAGCGGCUCUGGGGCGACAUGUACUAUGCGCCUGCGACGCGCACCUUCAAGAAGAAAGUGCCGUACGAGAACGCACCGCGCUCGUUCGUGUCGUUCAUUCUGGAGCCGAUCUACAAGAUUUAUGCUCAGGUACUGGGCGAGGACACGGCAACGCUGUCCAAGACCCUGCGGGACCUUGGGCUUCGCGUGCGCCGCGAGGACUUGCAUCUGAACCCGCGUCCGCUCCUCAAGCUCGUGCUCUCGCAGUUCCUUGGGCGGUCUGCAAGCUCGUUUGUCGACAUGGUGUCUCGGCAUGUACCGUCACCGCUCGAGACGGCGGCCAUCAAGGUCAAGUCGCUCUACACGGGUGAUAUGGACUCGAAGGUGGCGGCUGCGAUGCUGGCAUGCGACCCCACGGGCCCGCUUAUGCUCAACAUCGUCAAACUCUACUCGUCGACGGAUGGUACGACGUUCAGCGCGUUCGGUCGCGUCUACUCGGGCGCCGUGACGACCAACCAGCGCGUCAAGGUGCUUGGUGACAGCUACAGCAUCGACGACGACGAAGACAUGUGUGUGCGCUCGGUCGAGGCCGUCGGUAUUAGCCAAGGCCGGUAUAGCGUCCGCGUCAACCGCAUUGUCGCUGGCAACUGGGUCCUUCUCGAGGGCGUCGACAGCAGCAUCAUCAACAGCGCGACGAUCACUGACGCAUCCGAAGACGUCUUGGAAAGCGAGCGCGUGGGCAUUUUCACGCCGCUGGCGCAGCGUUUCGGCACGAGCGCUGUCGUCAAGCUCGCGGUCGAGCCGCUGAACCCAUCCGAGCUCCCCAAGAUGCUCGAGGGCCUGCGCAAAAUCAGCAAGAGCUACCCGUUGGUGACGACCAAGGUCGAAGAGUCAGGCGAGCACGUGAUUUUGUGCACGGGCGAGCUCGCGGCUGACUGCAUCUUGCACGACUUGCGCAAGAUGUACUCGGAGAUCGAGAUCAAGGUCGCUGACCCUGUCACUUCUUUCUGUGAGACGGUCAUUGAGACGUCGUCUGUGCAGUGCUUUGCCGAGACGCCCAAUCAAAAGAACAAGCUCACGAUGAUUGCCGAGCCCCUCGACGUCGGUCUCGCCAAGGACAUUGAAGCGGGCGUCGUGAGCCUUGACUGGCCGAAAAAAGACGUUGCCGAGUUCUUCCAGAACCAGUACCAAUGGGACGUGCUCGCCGCGCGAUCGGUCUGGGCAUUUGGUCCUGACGCAAAGGGCCCGAACGUACUGAUCGAUGACACGCUCUCGUCCGAAGUCGACAAGAAGGCGCUCAACUCGGUCAAAAACUCGAUCGUGCAAGGCUUCCAGUGGGGCUGCCGCGAAGGCCCUCUCUGCGACGAGCCGAUCCGCAGCAGCAAGUUCAAGAUCCUCCAUGCGUCUCUUGCAAACGAACCCAUUCACCGUGCUGGUGGCCAGCUCAUUCCGACCGCUCGUCGCGUCGUGUACUCUUCGUUCUUGACGGCGACGCCCCGGCUUUUGGAGCCAAUGUACGCGCUCGAGAUUCAGUGCCCCGCUGACACGGUCGCGACGUUGUACCAGGUGCUGACGCGCCGCCGAGGCCAUAUCACACAAGACACGCCCAAGGCAGGGUCGCCGAUGUACACGGUGCGCGGUUUCCUGCCCGUCAUCGAGUCGUUUGGCUUCGAAACGGACCUCCGCGUCUUCACGCAAGGUCACGCGUUCUGCACGCAGACGUUCGACCAUUGGGCGCUCGUCCCAGGCGACCCGCUGGACGCCAACAUCAUCCUGCGACCUCUCGAGCCGUCGCCCGUGGAUGCGCUCGCGCGCGAGUUCAUGGUCAAGACCCGCCGACGCAAGGGCCUGAGCGAGGAAGUGAACGUCUCCAAGUUCUUCGACGACCCGAUGCUCCAGGAGCUCGCCAAGCACGAUUUGGACGCAGACCAUCUCAUGUAAAAAGCCAGCUCACACGACCUCGUUUUAUAUUCUUUGGAA